GCUGGCCGGAUGGGCGAACGCAAGAAGAGGUUGUUUUGGAGUCUACAGCUGCUUGAUCAAUACUAUGGACGCCAGGAUCGUCCCGCCUUAGCCAAGACUAUGGAUAGCAUGUGGCCGUGGUUUCAGUCCGACGAGAACUAUUCUCAAAUUCACGGCAGCCACGAGGACAUACCACCGCCUCUGCCCCAGGAAAACGGACAAGAAUCAAAAUCUGCCAGUCUAGAGGUAUGGGGACAUACAGUUCAACUGGGCUGGAUCUGGCGCAAGCCUCGCCGGUAUGUGUCAGAUUGCGCAAAUCGGAAAGCGGGAACGCCUUGGCUGCAUGGCUCAAAAUACUCCAUCAUCAAUGCAGAUCUCCACGAGUUGAAAAGCAUGAUACCGAUAUGUCAUCGUAUGACUCGGCCAAAUUCUACAACCUCAGCCCACGGGAGGUGGACGGUUCGCGUGCUUAUUGGUGCCCUUGAUUGAGGCUUCAAUUCGCAUAUCACACGAUUCAAGCAGUGCUGAAUCACCCGUUCUUAUACGUUGCCGCGGCCUCGCACGAAGCAACCCGUUUCAGUACACCAAACAGCUUCUGGAAGCGGCCAUCCGAACUGGGCUUAUUGCAUGCUACCUGGAUUGUCCGCCUACUCGACAUGGUGCACGAUAAAGGCAUCCGCUUGACAGACCCUUUCUUUGCACACGCAGGCGUGAUAGCGGCCACUCUACACCUCAUUCACAGUUGCUCAACCGAUCAGAGGCUGAGACUGAAAUCAGAAGCAGAUCUGGCGAAAUGUGUCGCUUUUGUCCAAAGA